AUGUACCUGAGGGCCACAGUGCUCGCGGUGCUGUGCGCAGUGGUGGUGCUUGCCGACUUUGACCACCACCAGGCUGCGCCCGCAGUCGUGCCGGCCUCUCGACUUGCUUCCGCUCUCUACCCAGAAUGGGCGCACUCGCACUGGGUGUGGCUGGCCAGCGAAGUGGCCAACCAGACCUCUGAGACUGAGUUUGUCGAGGGUUUCCUCAAGCGCAACAUCCCCGUCGGCGCGGUGGACCUUGACAGCCAGUGGGCGACUGCAGACAACAAUUUCAUCUUCAAUACCGCCAAGUACCCCAACGCCAGCCAAAUGAUCGACCACUUCCACAAGCUUGGGGUCCGCGUUAUCCUGUGGGCCACGUCGAUGAUCGACACCGACUCGUCCAACCACGCCGAGGCCAUUGCCAAAGACUACAUUCUGAAGGGACUGUGGACCAAUGAGGUCAAGUGGUGGCACGGAGUGGGCUCGUUCCUUGAUUACACCAAUCCCGAGGCGGUGGCAUGGUGGCACAAGCAGAUGGACCUGGUGCUCGACAUCGGCGUCGACGGAUGGAAAUGCGACGGCACAGAUCCUUACCUGUACGAGCUCAUCGUGGCGUGGGGCCACAAGGGCAUCGUUACGCCCCGUGAGUACUCGGAUCUCUACUACAGGGACUUCUUCUACUACUCCCGAAGCAAGAACCCGCAAGCGCUCAUCAUGUCCAGGCCCGUCGACAGCUGGGGCGACAUCUACCGCUCGUUCUCGCCGCGCGAUGUGGUCUUCUCCGGUUGGGUGGGCGACCAGGACCCGACGUUCGACGGUCUCAAGAACGCGCUCAUGAACAUUUUCCACUCGGCCUGGCGCAACUACGUCAACUUUGGCAGCGAUAUCGGUGGUUUCAGAGCUCACGGACCUCCUCCGUUCGGAAGGACCAAGGAACUGUUCCUGCGGUGGGCACAAAUGGGCGCGUUCACUCCCCUGAUGGAGAACGGAGGCGACAACCAGCAUCGGCCGUGGAUGUUCGACAACACCAACCAGACGGUCGACAUCUACCGCGCCUUCGUCCACAUUCACACCGAGCUGCUUCCCUAUUUCUUGAACGCUGGCUCGACGGCCUACGAGCAAGGCGUCUCGGUGAUCAAGCCUCUUGCGAGCGAGACCAUCUUCACACCCGAUUCGUGGGAGUAUCUUCUGUGGAAGGACAUCCUGGUGGUGCCGAUGGUGGACAAUUCGACGUCCAGGGCCGUUUCGUUCCCGGCCAACGACGACUGGGUCGAUUGGUGGCAGCCCUCCUGCGUCUACAAGGGCGGCUCGACCCUCUCGAGGUUCCCCGUGUUCAAGAGGAAGGGCUCCAUCAUCCCUCUUCACGUGUUCGACUCCAUCACCGGCAACGGCGACAAGCGUGCCGCGGACUUCUUGACCUUGCUGGUAUCGUACCUCGGGGAGGCGGAGACGCAGAGCGUGAGGCAGUACCAGGGCCAGAGCCAGGAGUUCGCCUACACCUACGACGCGGAUCAGGCCGCGCUCGAGCUCGAGGCCACCGCCCACGCGCGCCCGCUGGUGUUCCUCUUCCGCGGCGUGGAGCUGCCCGCCGCCCGCGGCCUCUUCAAGGCCGUCGCCGUCACCAGCCUCGAUGACGGCCCCACGCUUCUGCCCGAGCUGGCCUCCAUCGACCAGCGUUACGAGAGAACGGCCUCUGGGUGGUUCUUCGACGCGGCCAAGCGCGAGCUCUGGAUUCAGCCGGGACCCACCACGCAGGGCCUUCGCCUGGCCAUCCAUGGGAUCACCAACGCCCGCCACACCGCCGCCUGCUGA